AGCUGAGCUCCAUGGACACUUCCCCCCAACAGGUCACACAAAAGGACAGCUCACCUUUCCCUCCCCCCAACAGGUUACUCAGCGUCCAAGCUCACCUUUUACCUCCCCCCAACAGGUUAUUCAGCGUCCAAGCUCACCUUUCCCUCCCCCCAACAGGUUACUCAGCGUUCAAGCUCACCUUUCCCUCCCGCCAACAGGUUACUCAGCGUCCAAGCUCACCUUUCCCUCCCCCCAACUGGUUACUCAGCGUCCAAGCUCACCUUUCCCUAUCCCCCAACUGGUCAAUGAGAGUUUAAGCUCACCUUUGCCUCCCCCUCAACAGGUCAAUCAGAGUAUGAGCUCACCUUUCUCUAACCCCCAACUGGUCAGUCUGACUCCCAGCUCACCUUUCCAACAGGUCACUCAGAGCCCUUUCUCCCCUUACCCACCCCAACAGGUCACACCAUCACUGAGCCAUUUUUCAACUUAUCCAGCCCAACAGGUCACAAAUUUAAAUAACUCUAACGUGUCGGUCUCUGAGAGUUUGGGCUCCUCUCAUCCCCAGAUGGUCACAAUGGACUCCCAAAACCCUGGUGAUUCUUUUAUUGAAAAGAAUUACUGGGGUUCCCCAGUGAGACCGAGAGCAACGUACCCAUAUAAUUCUGAAGAGUCUUCCGUUCACUUAAAUGGAGCAUUUUCCACCCUGUAUGGCUCCCCCAGCAAGUGUCACAGCUGUUGUGACAGAGUGGACGCUCUGGAGAGGCAGGUUACAGUCAUUCAAGAAUCUAUGGACAAACUGAUUAAGAAAAAGAAAAACAAAGAUGUAGGAAACAGUCAGUCAGACACUAGUAAUCAAACUAUGAAUGCUGGGUAUACAAAGGACAUGUUGCUUAAAGAAAUUGAAAAUAUGGGGUUGAGCCAGGCAAUUAGUCACAUAAUGGUGACACUGUUCACCACAGAUGAACUCGUGAAAUCAUCGGUAAUGGGGGUAAAAAAUCAGAGGUCAUCCGCUGUGGGGCUUGAUCCCAUCAGAAGAACACUGCUGGAGUCUAUUAUAAAGGAGAAAUUUGGAGUAACUACCACAGCAAUAAGAUCUGUGAUGAGAAACAGAAAAAAAAUAGUUAAAAUGAGAAACUUCAUCAAUAAUGACAAUGAAUAGUUCUUACAUGAUAUAUACGCACAUAGGAUUUAUUUUUAUGCCCCCCUUCAAAGAAGAUGGGGUAUAUUGUUUUGCUAAUGUCUGUCUGUCGGUAGACCAAAUGGUUUCCCCGGAUUAUCUUUAAAAUUGUUUAUCACAAAGUCGUCAUAUUUCACAUAGUGAUUGGUCAUAACUAGUAGAUGACCCUAUUGAUUUUGGGGUCAAAGGUCAAGGUCAAAGGUGCUUUAAAGGUCAGAAUUAAGUAUAAUUCUUCAUUUUGGUUUAUGUGUCAUUUUUAUAUCUUAUUAUCCCCUGCCGAAAAAUUUCGGCGGAGGAUAUAGAAAUAGUCUCCGUCCGUCUGACCUUCCGUCCAUCCGUCCGACAUUUUUGUCCGGUGCAUAUCUCUAAAAGUAUUUGAGUUAUCAACUUGAAACUUCAUAGGUGGAUAAUCCUCAUUGAGGAGGAGUGCAUUGCACAAGAAUGAUAACUCUACCUUGCAUGAUUUUUGAGUUAUUGCCCUUUGUUAUUUUUCAAAAUUGAUUUUUGUCCAGAGCAUAACUCCAAAAGCCUAUGAGAUAUUAACAUGAAACUUCAUAGGUCCAUAGAUCUCACUCAGGAGGUGUGCAGUGCACAAGAAUGAUAACUCUACCCUUCAUAAUUUUUGAGUUAUUGCCCAUUGUUAUUUUUCAUACCUAAUUUUUCACCUGAGUGGAGCAUAACUCAAAAAGUGUUUGAGAUAUCAACAUGAAAUGUCAUAGGUGGAUAGAUCUUAUUGAGGAGGAAUGUUGUGCGCAAGAAUGAUAACUCUUCCCUAUACAAUUUUUGAGUUAUUGCCCUUUUUUUCAUGCUAUUUUGUCCAGAGCUUAUCUCAAAAAGUAUUUGAGGUAUCAACUUGAAACUUCAUAGGUGGAUGGAUCUCAUUGAGGAGGAGUGCAGUGCUUAAGAAUGAUAACUCUACCCAGCAUUAUUUUUGAGUUAUUGCCCUUUGUUAUUUUUCAAAAUUAAUUUUUGUCCAGAGCAUAACUCAAAGAGCCUUUGAGAUAUCAAAAUGAAACUUCAUAGGUGCAUAGAUCUCACUCAGGAAGUGUGCACUGCACAAGAAUGAUAACUCUACCUUUUAUAAUUUUUGAGUUAUUGCCCUUUGUUCUUUUUCAUACUUAAUUUUUCAAUUCAAUUUUUUUCUCAAAAGUAUUUGAGGUAUCAACUUGAAACUUCAUAGGUGGAUAGAUUUUACUGAGGAGGGAUGCAGCACACAAGAAUGAUAACCUACCCUGCAUUAUUUUUCAGUAAUUGCCCUUUGUUAUUUUCAGCCAUCAGUAUUCACAUAGGUUUCAAAUCUGUAAUCACUAUAGCCAUCAGUUUUCAUUACCAAAAGACCUCUUAAAAUGGAAUUAUUCGGCUCUACUACAUAUACAUUCUUCCAAUGAGCAAACACAUUCGGCGGGGGAUGGCCAUGUUGACAUGGCUCUUGUUAUCUUGAAAACUGUUUAUUACAAAUUCUUCAUAUAUCACAUAUUGAAUUGUCAUAUCUAUUUGAUGACCCCUAUUGAUUUUGGGGUAACUAGGAUACAAGGUCACAGGUUCCUUUAUCACAAAGACUUCGUAUUUCACACAUUGAUUGGUCAUAAAAGUAGAUGUCCCCAAUUGACAUUGGGAUUACUAUGUCAAAGGUAAAGGUCAAAGGGGUCUUAAUGUUACAAUUGUUUUUGCUCAUUAUCAUAAAAAUUAUUUAUCACAAAGUCUUUAUAUUUUACAUAUUGAAUAGCCAAAUGAAGUACAUGACCCUAUUGAUUUUGGGAUCACAGUUCAAAGGUUAAGGCCACAGGGGCUUUAAAUGUAAAUAUGGUUUUUGCUUAUUACUUUGAAAACUUUUUAUCACAAAGUCUUAAUAUUUCACAUAUUGAUUAGUCAUUGGGUCACUAGAUCAAAGGUCAAGGUCUCUAUAUUUCAUAUAUUGAUUGGUUAUAACUAGUAGGUCAUUAUCUUUCUUUUUUACAUUAAUGUACAUAAAUGUACACUUCCAGGUACCCAUUUGUUGCAAGUUUCAAAAUUACCAAUAGUGUGAGUCAAUGGCUAGAAAGGGGGCAUUAUUGUGUUGUUCGACAUUUCUUGUUUAUUAUUGUGUAACAGUUAUAUGAAAUUUUAUUUCAUCGAUUACCCUUUAAAGAUCCUGUAUGUUGUUAUUAAUGAUGUUACCACACUUAAGUGAAACUUUAUAUAUAAAGGAUAUUUUUUAACACGUAAAUUUUUAUUUUAUGGUUAAAAACAAGUUAAAAAGAACUUUUAUUUUUUAAAACACGAUUAAACACAUAAUUUACGCUUGACCUCUGAUUUUUACGCCCAUAACAGAUGAUGUCAUAAGUUCAUCUGUGGUGAACUGUGAGUGUCAACAUAAUAUGGUUAAUUGCUUCCAAAAAUGCCAAUGAUGCUUUGUUUUAAAAAUAAAAACAAAUCUAGUUGAAGAAAAAAACCAAAAGACAGAUUAUUAAUGCUGCCUCGGCCUGGUACUGGCUUAUGCUAAAAUUUAAGCUUGCUAUCUCAUUUGCUGUUACCUAAUUUUAGAUGUUUUACUAGAGUUUUUCUAGUUUGCUUAAUUCAGUAAAUUCAUGUUGUUUUCAUAAUCAUUUUUAUUUGUAACAGAAUAUGUAUUUUAGCUUAGUAUCGUAAGUAACUACAUGAAUAUUGUACCUAAAACGGAAUGAGAUGCUCUGGAACAAAUGAGCCGUGUCAUGACAAAACCAACAUAGUGGGUUUGCAACCAGCAUGGAUCCAGACCAGCCUGCGCAUCCGUGCAGUCUGAUCAGGAUCCAUGCUCUUCGUUAUCAGUUUCGGUACUUGCAAUAUGGUUUAUAAACGAACAGCAUGGAUCCUGAUCAGAUGCACAGGCUGGUCUGGAUCCAUGCUGGUCGCAAACCCACUAUGUUGGUUUUGUCAUGACACAGCUCAAAUAUUCUGCAGCGGCUACUUGUAACAUUUGGUUUGGCAGAGAUGUGAAGAAUGCCUCAUUCUAUGUAUAUGUAGCUCUUGUUUGAAAAAUAAUACAAGAAUAUUAUACAAAUAUGACUUUUGUGUAAUGAAAAAAAUAAUAUUAACAGAGGCGAUAUAUAUUGUAUAUCAGCAUACAUUCAAAUAUGAAAUCAAGUUGAAUUUAGUACUAAUUAACAAAUAUUCUACAGCGGCUACUUUAAUUGGUUUGGCAAAGAAUUCAUGCAUGCCACAUUCUAUGUAUACGCAGCUCUUGUUUGAUAAAAUGUUCAUAACAGAAUAAAAUGAGUAUGAAAUCAAAUCGAAUUUAGUACUAAAUUUUUAGUCCUAUAUUAACAAUUAAUAAAAAUCAAUAUAUGCCAAUGAAAUGUCAAAUGGGAUAGAACAAUAAUAUCUGUAAUUUGUUGCAGUUCAGAUCAGAAUAUUUGUCCCUUGAGUACCUGUCAAUUGGGCAUCAUCAGGGCUUACCAACGAAAAUUAUUCCACUCACAACACCCAAUUUUUUUAGGGAUGAAUAUUCUAUUCCAAGCUGCACAUAUAUUGAUAUUUUUAGAUCACCUGUCACAUAGUGACAAGGUGAGCUUCUGUGAUCGCUUUUUGUUUGG